AUGGUGCUAAUUACCAUUUACAUCAAUAGAUCGCCCGCUUCCCAAGCUCAAAGAUACAUUGUACGGGACUGGAACAAUCUGAAUGAUGAUAACCGGCGUUCUUUACAAAGGGUUGUUGAACUCGAUGAUGAAGCCGAUCUUGGGUCGACUUUGCUCCUUGAUUGCAUUCUUUAUCGCCGCCACAUCAGUAUUGAUGAUGCAUUAAGCAUCGACGCUGCUUCAAUCAAUUUCCUCGACAACGAUGGCUGGAGUGCAUUACAUUGGGCUGCACUGAAGGCGGAUGCUGAAUUAAUGCAGAAGCUAAUAGAUUAUGGCGCUGAAGUGGACAUUCGAUCGCCCGUCGGCCGAACUGCACUGCAUAUCAUCGCAGAUCAUGGCGUUACACUAUGUGCCGACGUGCUACUCAAAGCUGGUGCUAAUAUCAACGCGCUUGAUCAUUGGGGAAAGACACCCUUAUUUCAAGCUGCCCAGUGCAAUGUCGCUGACCUGCUUGAUACCCUUUUAAACCAUGGAGCCAAUCCACGGCUGAGUGAAAAAUCAGGAGAUACCCCACUUCAUGCUAUCUCUUAUUCAAUUCGCAUUUCCGAUAUAUCAAAAGUGGACCGGCCUGUGGCUGCCUUAAUUCAUGCCGGGGCCGAUUUGAAUGCCCGUAACGAAAAGGGCAUGACCCCAGUGGCUAUGGCUGUUGAAUCCGGUAAAGCGGAUGUGUUUCUUGCGUUAUCACGACUUGGUGCGGAUUUAUCCUCUGUCAAUAAUGCUGGGCAGACAAUUCUUCACCUUGCCGCACUCUGUGGAGAUCUCAAGCUACUUGAGGUUAUGCGUCAAGUAAAGGUUUCCACCGUGGAUGUCAAUCAGCUUGACCAUUCCGACACAACAGCUGAACAGUAUUUUGAAAGACGGGUGCAUUCGGGAAUUUCGUACAAAGGCCAGGUAUCAAUUCUGACCGAAAAGGAAAUCUCGUCGUUCAAAGCUCUCUGCGAAGACAUGCUCGAAAUAUAUCGCACGCCUCUAGUGGUGACUACUUCUCUGUCACCUUUGAUAUCCGCGGAGGAUUCUCCAUCAGAAUUCUUCUUCGAUGCAAAAGAGUCCUUCUAG